ACAUGCCAGGAGAUGGUAUACAUCUUGAAUCAAGCCCUUGGAAAGCUUAUUGGAUUGGGGGAACUCAGAAGAUCAAGUCAGAUUUUGAAUUUUAAGGAGGAUUUUGGCUGAAACGGAACCCUCUUUUCAUCACUCCUUAGAUAAAAGUCAAAUCCUUCAGGAAUUUCAGGACCAAGACAUCCCAGGCCGAGCACAAGAUUUCCACGUGCCUGCUCACAGCCAGAGUCAGGAAGACCUCUGAGCCACCUGCCACCACCCUCUGACCUGCUCGGCCAGAAGCUGCCCAGGGACAAAGAAGAACACAGCAGGAAGAGCUGAGACAGGAUGGCAUGGCAGGGGCUGGUUCUGGCUGCCUGUCUCCUCGUGCUCCCCUCUGCCACAGCGAACUGCCUGUCCCGGUGCUCCCUGUGUGCUGUGAAGACCCAGGAUGGGCCCAAACCUGUCAACCCCCUGGUCUGUUCCCUGGAAUGCCAGGCUGCCCUGCUGCCUGCUGAGGAGUGGGAGAGAUGCCAAGGCCUUCUGUCUUCUCUCACCCCUUUCACCUCUGGGAUCAAUGGCAAAGGAGAUUUGGAGAUCAAGGCGGCUUUGGAGGAGCUCUAUCGUGAGCUGGCCAAGCGCGCUGGGCCUUUCUCGAAGCAGCUUGAGGAAAACAGAUUUUUUCUCCGCACACCAACAGAGGAGAAUGCUCUGAGAAGGAGCCUGGUGGAGAAGCUCAGGGGUCUCUCUGGCAGGUUGGGGGAGGGAGCUGAGUCUGAGCUGCUGGGGGACACCGAGCUGAAUGACGACACCAUGGAGGCUAGGGCACUGGAUUCCAAUGAGGAGGACCCCAAGGAGCAGGUCAAACGCUACGGGGGGUUCUUGCGCAAAUACCCUAAGAGAAGCUCAGAGGUGGCUGGGGACAGGGAUGGGGAUGGGGUGGGCCAUGAGGACCUGUACAAACGCUAUGGGGGCUUCCUGAGGCGCAUCCGUCCCAAGCUCAAAUGGGACAACCAGAAGCGCUAUGGAGGUUUUCUCCGGCGCCAGUUCAAGGUGAUAACUCGGUCUCAGGAAGACCCCAAUGCCUACUCCGGAGAGCUUCUUGAUGGGUAAGCCCCUUCCCAUCAUGGAGCUGAGUCAGGAGCUCCCCCUGACACCCUUUCAUAUUGGAGUGCCCUUGUUCAUCCUACCUUAUACCCCUGUUCCCACGCUCAGUUCAGCAUUGUCUGCAAACCAUUCAAACCCAGCCUGCCCCUCUUCUGCCUGGGGUGCAGAGUUUGUCGGGGGUCAGCGAGGAGAAAGGAUGGAGGUUCCCCUCUCCAGUAGGCUCAGUGCUUGGCUCCAGCUCUAGGCCUCUGAACUACCGCCAACAGCAGCUUUCGCUAUUAAUCCCUCCACCGCAUUAAUGUGAACCUCCCCCACCCUGCCCCGUUCCAGGAAUCCAGACCGACUUGUUAUUCAUCUCUCUAGAUAAAUAACAAAACAAGAUAAAUGAACAAAUAGAAAUCUUAACACUUUAUCCCAAACCUUCUAGGACCUCCUUGUGCUCCCCACUUCGGAGUCGGAUGCUUUAGAUAAAACGCUCAAACCCUGCAUUUUAUUGGAGCAGGGGUUCCUACACUGGACAGUUCAGUCAGUCCUCCAGUGGACAAGUAUUCAGUUGUACUCUCUGUGUUCUGGUUGUUUAGAAACACACCCCUUGAGGAAACGAGCUUCUGGACGCCAGUCCAUGUUGAUACCUUGGACAGCACCCAACUCCUCGCAGGAGAAGGGCGCAAAAACCCCUUCCAAAAUGAUAAUGAGAGCAGCUCUCCCACUGAAUCCUGAAAUGAUCAGGGAGGGAGGGAGACAAACCGCUUUGCUCUGUGCAACAAACUCGAAAUGUGGACCAGUUCCCUCAGCCCUCAUUAAACUAAUUAGACAGAUCGCUAUCACACGCCUACCCCAGGAUGAACUGAAGCUGAGUCAAGUUGAUGAGGUUAAGUGCAACCAUGUUCUUGAGCAGCUGAAUUGGCCGCCAAGAGUCUUAACCAUCUGGCCAAACAUAUGCAUUGGGCAUUGGGUGAGGAAAUCCAGAAGCAACAGCUAGAAAGACAAAAAGGACGUCUUCAACCCCUGUGAUGAUUCUUUCCUCUUAAUGUCUCAGAAUAAACCAGAGAGGAGAAUGAAAUGAUUAAGUGCUUGAGGCCAAAUGAAUUCUCUUGAUUCAAAUAACCCAGAAUCAGAGGCAGAGCCCUCCCAAUUCCUUGGUUUCAAUCAAAGUCUCUCUCUUUCUCUCUGCUGCUCUUGCUGGCUCAUCCCCAGGCACUAUGGUUUGGUUUGGGGGCCCAGGAGGCUGGACUAGAUAGGAAAGGAAAUAGUCUUGAGUUCAGUUAAUUUGUAUAAGAUGCUACUGAGUAUCUCUCUUUGCGCACAACACCCAGGUCUCUCAUGAUGUUUUGAAAUGUAUAAACUGUUUCAGGGUUACUUCGUGUCCUUAUAAAAAAUCCCACUUAUGCAAUUUACCUAGAAUUUGCUUAUUCCUUGUCGGCCUAUGUUAUUUCCUACUCCUCCAAUGCAAUAAAUAAAAGAAAAAUGGUAAUGAC